GCGUGUUUCUCCGGAAGAGGAAAUCUUAUAGUAGUUUUGACGAAGUUUUUGGGAAACUUUUUUCCCCUCUGCCCAGUUCUUCCUGCAGAUGCCACGGUACAGCUCGGAGUGUGUGUGUGUGUGUGUGAGACGCCGAUUCCUCCUUUCAUCAUGCCGGAUCUACUCACAGACGUGCUGCUAUAGAAAAUAAGUCAACACCAGAAUCGAGCAUAAACAAGUACUGAUGUGAAGAUCCACAAAUAAACAGGUGAAUCGUCUCCCUCUGUAGUGUCCCAAGAGGACAUGGAAGAGUGUGAAUUGGCCCCAGGAGGCAGGGAUCACCCAUGGAAAACUGCCACACUAAGGAGAAUGGCAUGGGCGCAGAGUCGUGACUCGUGGACAGCCCCGGAAUCAGAAGAACCACAGAACAACAAUAACAACAACACCGACAACAGCAACAACAAGCCUGAAACGCCAUCUGAGACUGGUCCGAUCCCAAACAAAAUAGCGAGCUGGCUGAGAGAAUGCAGGACUCCUCUUGGAGCAUCUCUAGAUGAGCAGUCCAAUAGUCCAACGAAAGGACCACAGAGGAAUGGCUGUAGCUUCGAAGAUGACUUGUCCUUGGGUGCUGAAGCCCAUGUACUCCAUAGCAGCAGUGUCAAACCUGACCCCAGUAAAUAUGACAUGCAAGCAAUGGAGAAGAGGAGUCAGUUCAGACAGAAGGGUCGGAGUAUGAACUCAACCGGCUCGGGAAAGAGCAGCGGCACCGUGUCCAGUGUCUCCGAGCUUUUGGACCUGUAUGAGGAGGACCCAGAAGAAAUCCUCUACAACCUGGGCUUUGGCCGUGAGGAGCCUGACAUUGCCUCAAAAAUCCCAUCACGGUUCUUCAACACAUCUUCCAAUGCCAAGGGCAUUGAUAUCAAGGUUUAUCUGGGAGCACAGAUGCAACGGAUGGAGGUGGAAAAUCCCAACUACGCCCUCACCAGCCGCUUUCGUCAAACUGAGGUAUUGGCCACUGUCGCUAACGUCUUCUCGGAGAUCUACUCUCAGGUCUCGGGCCGUCCGCUUCAAAAGUUCUGUCACAAGGAGCCGGAGCCUAAAGAGCCUGCCCCACUACGGAGGAAUGGCUCCACCCUUAAUGCAGUCAAGAUCCUGAAGAAGAACAUCACCCGACCAAACCUCAUGGCCCUGGCAGAGAUCAUGAACUCCAAAACCACGAACUCUGACCCUGAGAAAAUAAAAAACGGUGAUUCCGAGGCUCACUCUGAUGCUGAGCUCAAGCAGAAGGUUUUCAGGAGGAAGGACUCCUCUCUCGCAACAGUAGCAGAGGAGUCCAAUCAGUGUGGUGUCGAUGUUUGUGACUCAGUGGCAGAAAACUCUAAAAUUAUUACUGGAGAGCGAUUGUCUCCAAGUGCUGGCGAAAAACCUGAGGUGAUUCCGGAUGUUUCCGACUUAGUGAAGGAGCAGAGCGACCGUCAAAUCGCUGAAUCCGAAUCGAGUCUGAUCUCAGAGAAGCAGAAGACGGUCUCCUCCUCUUCCACUUCAGAUAAAGAGCCAUGCUCCUUCCCGCCUAAUCCCCACAUAGCACAUCUCCUUAACCAGCCACGAGACUCCUUCGAGAUGGAAGAGUUACAGAGUAACGAGGAUGAGCCAGGAUCUGGGAUUCACCACUCCAGAGAGGGCAGUGAGCCUUUACUUAGGACAGCUAGUCAACAGUCAGACAGCAGCGGCUUUGCAGAGGAUCCCUCAACAGAAGGCUCAGCGAAUAGUCUGAAGGUCCAGGACAGCUCGGACAGCUGUGACAGCGAAAUGACUGUGACGGCUCAUGCAGUUUCACCCGGAACACCCGAGUCUCUGGAACACCCAGCCUUUGAAAGACUGUUAGUGGAUGAUGAGCUACUUGUGCAGACCAGUAUGGGGCUCUUUGGCCCAAUCAGAGCUGAGGAAGACCCUGAACAUGUGAGAAAACAGGUGCCUAGCCAUUGCAUCAUAGACAAGACACAGCCAGAGUCACUGGAGACUGCUGGGGCUGAGAGAGAAAAAAGCUCUAGCAGAGAAUCAGGCUCCACUGUAGAGUCAGCAGAUCCACAGUCAUCUACAGAUCUGGCUUCAGUAUCAAACAUAUCUAAUGCAAGUGUAGAGACGAGCCCUGUGAGUGAUCAAGAUAUGGUCGUGGACUCUGACAGCUCGACAGAGAUAAAUUCAUCGUCGCAAUCAAGCUUUUCCAAUUCAAUAGAACCAGUGUUAGAUGAUGUACCUGCCCCUGGACAAAGUUCAAGUACUGUUUCUGAUUCCACAGUUAAUGAAAAGGAGAACCCUAGCGUGUCAGGUAGGGUCCGUGGUACCCUUCGUCAGACCCAGCAGAGGACAACCUCAUGUGAGGAACAAAGGGGACAGGUUUGGGUUCGAUCAAGUGACUUCCUGAAGAAUCUGGAUGAGCAGGUGAGGAACCCACUUCAAAGGUCCAGCUCCCUCCCAAAUACAAACCGAGUGGUGUCAUCUGUGCACAUCCAACUGGGCCAGGGCUCCGUCCGACAGUGCACUCCACCAUGCUACAGUUAUCGUUAUGAGGAGGAACCAGACGAGGUCGCAUCCAGUGUUGCCGAAGAAAUCAGCAAAUCUCAUGUCAGAUCUCAGUCUGAUUUUGUUCACGGAGACUCGAUCAACUUAAAUUCAGAAGUAGAGUUAGACGGCAUAGGUGUGCCUCCGUACCCCAUGAAUGUACCUCAGCAUUUGACUCGGUCGACAAGCUCACUCUACAGCAUCCCUGCUGAUUGGCCCUUGCGGCGUAUAUCAGAAGCUCCUGUUUGGAGCACUAACAGUGUCCCUGAUCUCACCCAGCACACCGGGAUACCAUUUCCUGCCAUUCCAAGGCACAUUCAGCAAGAACUUCCUCAAUUUCGCGGAUCGUUUGGCUCCUCUCACCAAAAACCUGUUGCAGUUAAUCCCCCAAGUCACAGUUAUAGCCCUAUCCACAGCCCCGGCCCUUACACACAGAGUGGCUUGUAUCCACAUUAUCAUCAGUCACUGAACGCACCACUUUCUCACCCUUUAUACACACCUCCUCAUGGUCCAUCUUUCCCUCAACAGAAUAUGGCUUAUACCCACCCUCCAAACAUGCCUUACAAUCCCUUAACGUCCUUCCAGUCUCCUCCUCUUACUAACUCUUACGGUUCCACUUACAACCUGCACCAGCAGGCAAAUCCUUUCAACCCCCAAGUGCCUCUUCCUCACUCCUGCAGUGCACCCUGUAGCCUGGCCUAUGGUCAAACAGCUUAUCAAUCCACUAUGCUCUAUGGACAUCAUUGUAAUUCUCCAUUCCACACUUCGCCUGCCCCAUUGUCAUCUUCGUUCCAGUCUGACACCCCAACUCCUCCGCCGGCUAUGAGCAGUACAGAAAUGCAGCUGCGUCGUGUCCUGCAUGAAAUUAGAGGCACUGUCCAGAGUUUUGGCCAGAACGGUUCCGAGCAACGUGAUGACACACCCUCGAGGGUUCACAGUCCACACCAGGUUGUCCAACCACAAUAUGAGGAGCUGCAGAGGCGGCGGAGGAACCUGAACGUUUUCCGGACUCAGAUGAUGGACCUUGAGCUGGCGCUGAUGAGGCAGCAGUCUAUGGUUUAUCAGUUCCUCGGUCCUGAUGAGAGGCGAGAGGCAGAACAGCUGCAGAGGCUCCGUGUCGCUGUUCGCCAGGAGCUGCAGGAGUUGGAGAUACAGCUGGAGGAUCGACUCCUCACUCUGGACGAUCAGUUUCACUCGGCUCGCAGCAGUCGCCUCUACCGCCAUCCGCUGGACAUGUCUCGUGGUCAGAGCAUGGACAGUCUAUCCAGUUCUUCUGCACUCAGAGCUACAGAGCCGGUAAGCGAUCUCUUGCGGGAGCAGAUGUAUCUGCAGUCGGAGCUGAGCUAUGAUGGCUCUGGUGCAGUCGAGACACCGACUUCGGCUCACUCGUCGAGGUCAGCAAGUCCGGUGCGAUCCCGCAACCUUAGUGACCUCAGCUCGUCGCCGUCAAGGAGAAGAGAAGUUUAUCGCUCAACAGUCAGCUUAACUCCUUCCAUCCCUGCGAGAUCAAGAGCAGAGAGCCAGGAGCGAACAACGCCGCCAAGCACGAGUUCGAGUCUAUUCGAGGUCACGGCUCAGAAAUCAACACACAGAGUCUUGGACCAGGACCAUCAUGCUGAAGGGCGUUCAUUUCAGGAAGACAGAAGAGGUGGAAGAGAAGAUGAAGCUUGUGAAAGUGCUCAUAUGCAACAAAUCAUCCAGCAGAUUAAACAGAGUCUCACAGAUGAGAUCAGAAAGGAGAUUGUCAAUGAGCUACUCUCAGCUGUGUUGCCACAGAGAGCUCCCGUAGCGACACAAAAGCCGGCACCAUGACAAUGGAGACUAGGAGUGCUGUGGAUCAAAAAUCGGAAAAACACUGCCCCCUUGAGUCUAUCCCACACUACUGCAGCUCAAACACACACCAUCUGUCUGCCUGGCGAUCUUCUCUACUACAGCGUUCUGAACACCUCAGCGUUAUACUACUGCUUCAGAGACGAUCAUCAAUCCUUCACCUGUCAGAAAAAUCUAUCUACAGGCCUCAUACACCCACCAUGUGAAAUCAAAGCCUAGCGGACAAAAUAAAUCGGUGCAUUUGAAUAUUUGAAGCAGCUAUGUGUAAAAGCUGUUUUUUACCUUUUGAUAAUCACUAACAUUAAACAUAACACAUUCCUAUGCUUCAUUUGAGUGUAAAAUAUAAUUAUCUGACUGCAGCAUAGAUUUAAUACAUUUUAUACAUUUGUACAAUUAUAUAAUUUAUUCAAUUGCGAAUUUGUACUAAAGUUACUUUCUCAACUCUAUGGUUUUUCCACGCAUUUGCUCGUAUCUCCUCCCAAGCUCGUCUAAGCCAAGUCAUCUCCCACCCAAACCAUCAGCCCUACAUCAGCCCAAGUGUGGACUACAAUCAAACUGUAUCAUUUGUCUACACCCAGGAGGUGAAAUCUUGUGAAAACUGGGAGUGUUCUAAUGCCCAAGGACCAAUCUGCUUAUACUCAACUAUGGGAUUCUCAUUCUCAGUGAGCCAUGCUUGUGUUUACUCAAUGGAUUCUUCAAACAAGUCCAGGGGCUUCAUCUGGCAAAGUCCAAACAUCUUACAACUAUUACCGGGAUUUUUAUGUCCAACUAGUGGUGAUUGAUGUCAAAGCCCAAACAUCCAGAGCCCAAAAUGUUUUCAAGCCUAAAUGUAUUACACCCAAGAGAGAGUGUAAUGUUUAUCGCCAACUGGGUUUUUUUGAUACCUAAUAAGAAUUCUGACACUCAGUUGGAGGAUACCUGCAUCUCUUGUGGCAAGUCUUCUUUCCAGGCGGAGACUUUGUCCACCCAAGCUCCACGAGAUAAAAAUGUUCAUUCCAAAUGUUUUAUUUCCAGGGAUUUUUAUACCCACAUGGAAGCUUCUCCCACCCAAGCAGUCCAUUUGUGGGAAGACUGUAUUUAAAAUGAGGCUUCAUCUGAGAGUCUGUAGUUGGACUGCACUGCCCUAUCUGAUGGAUUUACAACAGAAGAAUUCCUUCACUUUUUACAUACACUGUACUGAAAACUAAAAAACUAUCCAUCCAAUCAAUACAUUUAUCUUUACACACUGUAGCUACUGGAUCCUCAGACACUACUCCAUGGCAACGCUCAUCCAAACCAGUCCAGAUUUUCUAAAGACCUUAACGCACGUUGCUGCACUGGAUCUAUUUUACAGGAUCAUCCACAUCAAUGCAUAAUUAAUGGACCUGCUCAUCUCCACCACCUGAGUGUAAACGUCAUAGUAUUCCAAACCUUUUUUUUUUGUUUGUUUCUUACAAAAACAUCUCAAACUUUAGAGAGACUACAAAUCAUUUCAUGAGUUUUAUAUGGUACGCUGCCAUUAUUCUGAAAAAAAAAAACCUUUUUUUUUUUUUUUUUUUUACUUCUUUCUUUUCCUUUUUUAGUAGGGUGAAAGUUAGAUAAACUCGAUCACGUAGGUGAUGGUGAAAGCAUUUCAGUGUGUUUAUGUACAUAUCUAUGAGUCGUCUAAUGCAGCCUCUGUGAGGUACUAACCGUGCAAUAUGUUCACUUGAACUGACCAGUCACAACUGCUGUUUAUUGGCCUGCCGCUUUGAAAAAAAAUACAAUAAAAAAGGGAGAGCGAAAGAUAGAGAAAGGUGAUAUGAGUGUAACCACACAUACACAUUUCCAAGUUUUAUAUCUAAUGUCCAUAACAUGCUUUACAUGUAGCGAUGAAGCUUUCUGAGCACAAGCACUAAACCUGCAAUUGUUGCUCCAGUCUCUUAUGACCGACGUCUUUCUUUUGUAAUUAAAAGACAGCAGCCGCUAGGUUGUUGAGGGGAAAAGCUUAUUUGAAACCUUUUUUUUUUUUAAACUGUCGUGCUGAAUGUCUUAUGUGCCUUUUUUUGCAAGUAAACAGUUUCAAGUGUUAGACAAAUGACUUCCGAGCCUCGCGUAAGCGACGAGGCAGGCGAUUUUCAUAGUUGACCUUUUGUUCUAAUGAUGUGUAAUAACUGAUUUACAUGACUACAUUUUUAAGGGACAUGUUAACUUGUCAUUUGGGAUGCAUGAGGAAUUUAUUUCUAAAGCAAAUCAUUAAUAAAGAUUUAUUUAUUUUGAAUAUA